AUGAGCAAGCAGAAAUCAAAGGAGAAACGAUCAUUACUAGUACCUUUGAUUAUUUUCAGGAUCUUGAAUUCCCUUCUGACGAGAUCAUUUUUUCAGGCAGAUGAGUUUUGGCAGUCUCUAGAGCCCGCACACUACAAAGCUUUUGGGUAUGGCGAACUAACAUGGGAAUGGAGAGAAGGAUUGAGAAGUUAUGCAUUUCCUUUGCUCUUUGAAAUUGCUUACCAUGUAGUGGAGCUCAUGACACGUUUAAGUGCAUGGAUAGUGGAGGGAAACGUUGAGCUAUUUACUAUGUUUGUCAAAUGGGUUUUUCCUAAUUCAGCUUUGGCUUGGGAAAUGGUAUUUGAAAUGCAAAAGUUUCCUGUGGAGCUGAAUGAGUUCAUUGAUUAUUAUGGCACAAUAUUCGCACCCAAAAUUCUUAUGUCUUUAUUCGCUGCGAUUGGUGAGUACUACCUAAUCAAAUUUAUCCGGAAGAUAUACCUUUUGACUUUAACUGAUAAAGAGGAUAAGAGGUCGUUAGAUACCACAAGUGUAGUCCAAAUUUCCGCUGUGCUUACACUUACAAACUUCUUCAAUUGCUUUUUAAUUACCAGGCCGUUUAUUAAUUCUUUUGAGAUGAUUUUGACCACGAUUGCUUUGUAUUUUUGGGAUUGGACUGGCGGUGACAUGAUAUCAUCGUCUGAUUUUACAUAUAGUUUAAGUUUGGCAUUUUUUACUUCUCUUCAAAGGCCGACAAAUGCAUUUCUCUGGAUUAUAUUGGGUUCCUUCUUGAGUUUGAGCUUACUUUCAAAAAGAGCUUAUUGCAAAUUGGCUUAUCUAUUUUCGAAGUUAAUUAUAACUUUUGUUGGGACAUUCACAGCUAAUAUGGCCAUAGAUUACUAUUUUUAUGGGGAAAUAGUCUUUCCUGUCUUCAAAUUUGUUCAAUUCAAUUUCACCACCUCGUUGUCAAAGUUCUACGGACAAGCUCCCUGGCACUUUCAUCUUAUACAAAGCUUGCCAAUAAUUCUCGGCUAUAACAUUCCUUUCUUCAUCCACGGGUUCUUUUCUAGAACAACAACGAAGAGAUUUUCACCCUUUUUUACUGACCCAUUUUUCCAAUUCAGAAUUGUUAUUAUUAUCAGUGUUUUAAUUUACAGCCUCAUCUCUCACAAAGAAUUUAGAUUCAUUUACUCUCUUCAACCGUUUUUCAUUUUGUUCUCAACAGUAUCGCUUCUUCGUUUGAGGGGAAGUUCUUUAUCCAGACUGAAAUGGAUUAUUUGGGGAGUUCCGUGUCUUUCCAUGAUUGCAUCUUUUCUUCUUUGCACUUUGCAUGAAACUGGCGUCGUAGAAGUGAUACACUUUUUACAUGACAUUCCUGAUAUCCAAAGCCUGGGAUUUGUAAUGCCAUGUCAUUCGACACCAUGGCAAUCGCAUUUACAUAGAGACAAUAUUCCUGAUCUAUGGUACAUUACAUGUGAACCUCCAUUGCAUCUCAUGAAUGAUCCAGAAGCAAAUUCAAAGUUGGCCGCAUAUAUGGACGAAAGUGACUACUUGUAUGAUGAUAUACCGAAAUUUAUCUACCAGCACUUUCCUCCUGUGUUCAGGAAAAACUUGAGGACUCCGGAAAAGGCUUAUAGGCAUGAAUGGCCCGAGUUUCUAGUAAUAUUUGAACAACUUGAUACAGAGUACAUGAAAGGAUUUUUACAAGAUAGUGGGUAUAUCGAGUUCAAGCGCUUUUUUAAUACUCUGCAACACUGGGACCCUAGAAGAAGUGGGGACGUGAUUGUUUAUUACAAACCUACUUUCUAUUGA